ACCCAGACGCCCCGCUCAAAGAUGGCGGCUGACUGAGCCGCUUUCAAUUUAUUUCGCUCUUGAGAAUCCUGACAAGAAUUCCGUCGAACCCAUCAGGUCCCUAGAAGGGCUAACUAUGCCCUUUCUGAGUCUUCCACGCGGUGGAGGCGAAGGAGGAGGGAGCUAGAACGAAGCCUCAGCGCGUGCCCCGCACAAACAUGGCCGCAUUCCCGGCGGCCCUAAACCGCCCGGCGCGGGUGCGCGCGCAGCGCAGGCGCAUUUCCGCUCAUUCCGCGGUGUCGGCUGCGGCGGCUGUGGCGGUGGCGGCUACCGCACGGGUUAUGGUCCCCGGGUCCGAGGGCCCGGCCCGCGCCGGGGGCCUGGUGGCCGACGUGGUGUUUGUGAUUGAGGGUACGGCCAACCUGGGACCCUACUUCGAGGGACUCCGCAAGCACUACCUGCUGCCGGCCAUCGAGUAUUUUAAUGGUGGUCCUCCUGCUGAGACGGACUUCGGGGGAGAUGUGAGUCUUGGGACUUCUGGGUCUGAGGGCGGAGGGGCUGGGAGACUUCUGGGUCUGA